CCCCGCAGGGCCCUUCCAACUCGUAGUCCUCGUAGCAGCGCCGCCAUAUCCAGCUGCUAACAGAUAUUUAGACAUCAGACGCAUCAUUUUUACGCGACUCACUUACGCAGCACGUAAUACACGUCAUUGCUUUGACCGGAGAGGAGACCAUGGCAGACCUUGGUGUAAAAGCAGGGGAUAAGGUGCUGUUGGUGUGGAGCCAACCCUCAUCCCCAACAACCCUGAAGGAGCUGGCAGAGAGUCUAGGGUCCAUGGUUGGCUCUGAGGGCCGAGUGUCACUGGAGAAUAUGGAGAGACUUCUAAUGUCUUCACAUGCAGCAUCAACUUAUGACUGGGUCCUCUCAAGUCUACUCCCUGACAGCGCUUCCAUUCACACCUCAGAGACGCUAGCAGAGAUGGCCAGAGUGAUAAAACCUGGUGGGAAACUAGUGCUAGAGGAACCUGUUACAGGAACUAAUGACCAACAAGUGAGGACUGCUGAAAAACUUAUGUCAGCCUUGAAGUUGUCUGGCCUGGUGUCUGUCACUGAGAUCAGUAAAGGACCCCUGACUCCAGAAAUGUUGUCUGCCCUGAGGACAUCUACAGGCUUCCAGGGGAACACUCUCUCCAGGGUGCGCAUGUCUGCUUCCAAACCCAACUUUGAGGUGGGCUCCUCUAGCCAGCUGAAGCUUUCCUUUGGGAAAAAGACACUAAAACCAGAAGACAAACCAGCUCUUGACCCCAAUGUUGAAAAGGCAUGGACCCUGUCAGCCAAUGACAUGGAUGAUGAUGAUGUGGACCUGGUGGACUCCGAUGCUCUCCUGGAUGCAGAUGAUCUAAAGAAGCCAGAUGCAGCCUCCCUCAAGGCGCCCUCUUGUGGUGACGGAACAACCAAGAAAAAGAAAGCUUGCAAGAACUGCUCUUGUGGUCUUGCUGAGGAGUUAGAACAAGAAAGCAAGGGUGUCCAGACGAUCAGCCAGCCCAAGUCAGCGUGUGGAAGUUGUUACCUGGGUGAUGCCUUCCGAUGUGCCAGCUGUCCGUAUCUUGGGAUGCCUGCCUUUAAACCUGGGGAGAAGGUUAUCCUGGCCAACAUGGGGCUAAAUGAUGCCUAGGAACACAUAUUUAUGUAGUGUCACAUUAUUUACAUUCCUUACACACUGCUAACCUAUCACCCCCUAGAGCAAUGUUCCCUCUUUUUUCCAGCACUGGGCAAAUGUCAGGUCUGCUGUGCACAUACUUGAAUGUUGUGAAAACUCACAUUUACUGUGAACACUGAGGAUGUACCCACUUUAAGUUAGUUUUAACAGUGGUCAAGUACGCUACUGUUGCUAUUUGAACAUAAUGUAGGCCUAUCAGUGUGGCCUACCAUCAAAAACAAUGAAAACAUGCAUCCUGUAACAUGGAAAUAGAACAGCUAUCAAUCAGCCUACAGUAGCAGCUAAUGUGUGGUGUUAAAUGUAGGUCUACAUUCCAUAAGACUUUAGAAAAAAACAUGCAGGGCUUUACAUUAACCUGUUUAUCCACUUGUCCUUCAGACAAGGUGACAAAAAAUAUUAUUUGAUGCAAGAAACUACUUUACAAAAUAAAAUGCAUUUAUUAAUCCCAUACCAUUAUUACAGAAAGACAAAUUAUCCUACCCUCUCUAUAUUGGCUACUUAACUCAAUAACUAGCAAAGUAUAUUAACAAAAUGUGCACACAUGGCAACAUGCAGCUCUUGCUUUGAUCUCAACACAAGCGUAUCUACUAACGACCACUCAUGCUGUAAACACAGUCCAGUUCAAAGGAAACGGCACAGAUCCAUAUAUGGCAAUGUUUUAUUUGCAAAUAGGCUUACUGCAGCUCUGAUUAUGCUCCACUGGUCUGUGUAGACUGCAAAGUAUGGGCUGAGUCGUGCAGUGUCAAUGCAAUAUAAUCUUACUCUGAUGCGUUCUGCUUAAUAACAAAAUCUCUUGCAUAGUUUGUUUUGUUUCAGUAUGUUGCAAUGAAAGUGGCUAAUAGUGUUGAUUCGAUCACAAUUGUCAGAGUAAAGGGAAAACAUUAUCAGUGUAACUAACAGGGAAAACUCUGAAGUUUAAUCCCAUGCUUCUCUCUCUCUUUGGGCUGAUAUUUAUUUUGCUCCGCAGUCCCGGGGGAUCUGCACGGCAGUCUCGGGGCUACUGCGCACCCACUUGCAGCUUAGAGGGAAGAUUGCCCUGCAGUAUUUGUUCAAUGCCGGGUUCUCAAUGAGGAGAGUGGUUCUACAUCUAAUUUAUGUGAGAGCAAAAACCAGAUUGAGUUUAAGAAAAUGAAGGCCUAAUGCACUGAAUUGCAGUCAGAAAUGUGUUAUUGCUGGUUGUAUACAGUUGUAAUACAUGUAUUAGGAGUAGAAUUUAAAGUAUCCAAACAUGACUGAAUACAUCAUCAUUGCAUCAAUCCAGGCUACGACCAUGUGAAAACUACAAUAUGCUACUGGAUACAGUGAAGAUUUCACAGAGCAGUCACCAUAUUUCAAGUAUAACUGGAACUGUCGAUUUGUCAGUUCAGUGAAUCGUGUGUAUUUUACUAUCUUUUUAACAAUAAAAAAUCUGUUAAUCAUA